ACAAAUAUGGCCUCUUCCACGGUCGCAACGCUGGAUUGGUAGAAUCAGAGUUUAAAUUAAAAGUGCGGAUUUCACUGCGCGUCUUGUUUGGUGUUAACCGGCACUUGUGUGGCCAAAAUGAAGCACUUCUGCGGGCGAGCUAACCCGACCACAGGAGCUUUGGACUGGGUGGAGGAGAGCGAAGAGUACGACUAUCACCAGGAGAUAGCCAGGUCAUGUUAUGCGGAUAUGCUGCAUGAUCACGACAGGAAUGAAAAGUACUACCGGGGCAUCCGGGCAGCUGUGACCCGAGUCCAGGCUCGAGGAAAGAAGGUCAUUGUCCUGGACAUCGGAACUGGAACCGGGUUAUUAUCCAUGAUGGCUGUUACUGCUGGAGCUGACUUCUGCUAUGCUGUGGAGGUUUUUAAGCCCAUGGCCGACGCCGCCCGCUGCAUCGUGGAGAAGAAUGGCUUCACUGACAAGAUCAAGAUUAUUAACAAACACUCCACCGAUGUCACUGUUGGACCAGGUGAAGAUAUGGAAAUGAAGGCCAAUGUUCUCAUCACAGAACUAUUUGAUACAGAGCUGAUUGGUGAAGGGGCUCUGCCGAGCUAUGAACAUGCUCACCAAAACCUGGUUCAGGAGGGUUGUGAGGCAAUCCCCCACCGAGCGACUGUUUAUGCCCAGUUAGUGGAGUCGCCGCUUUUAUGGAGCUGGGCUCAGUUGCAGCCAGUAGAGGUGGAGGGCACCCGAUUGUGUCCACCGCCUGCUGUGGGCCACUGCAGCGGCACGCAUUCCGUGUGUGACAUCCAGCUCAGUCAGGUGUCAACUCGUAGCUUCACCCCGUUGGGUCCACUAUGCACCAUGUUCAGUGUGGAUUUUAGUAAGCCAGUCAGCAGUGCCCUCCAGUCCUAUACCUCUCAGUUUGUGGCCCAGACAAGCGGUCAGGCUCAAGUUGUCCUCUCCUGGUGGGACCUGGACAUGGAUCCAAGUGGAACAAUUGUGUGCACCAUGGCCCCCAGCUGGACAUAUCCACAGCCAAAGAUUGCUCCCUGGCGAGACCACUGGAUGCAGAGUGUGUAUUUCCUGCCAGGAGAAAGCAAAGUGACUGAAGGACAGGAACUGAGGCUGACUGUCUGCCACGAUGACUACAGUCUGUGGUACAGACUCCAGUCCCCCAGCCAACAGCAUCCUCAGGGCGACCUGCUUCUCUCGCGGCCGUGUUGUGUAUGUCAGGCCCACCUGGUUUGGACUCGACCACGGUUUGGUGAACUUAACGACAAACUUCGCACAGAGAGCUACGUCAGCGCACUGCGGAGUGUUCUAAAGGAGGAAAGUGUUUGUCUCGGAGUGAGUGACGCAAGUCUUCUUCCCGUGUUUGCACAUGUGCUAGGAGCCAAGAAGGUCUUCAGUUUGGAAAACUCCAGGAUGUCCAAACAGGUUAUUGAGCAGGUGCUGGAAUCCAAUUCAUUGAGAGGAGGAGUUGAGCUGCUGGAGAUCAGACCUGAGCAGCUGAGCAGUAACGAUUUAGGAGGAGAACAGAUUUCAGUGCUGAUGGGAGAACCGUACUUCAGCACCAGCAUUCUACCUUGGCACGCGCUGUUCUUCUGGUACUGUCGAACCACCCUGGCUGCCUUCUUGCGGCCUGACGCCACCAUCCUGCCCUGCUCUGCCACUUUGCACAUAGUGGCUGUGGAGUUCCAGGAUUUGUGGAGGAUACGAGCUCCAUGUGUUACCUGUGAAGGUUUCGAUGUCACACCCAUGGAUGAAAUGGUGCAGAAGUCUCUGGAUUUCCGGGAGUCCCGGGAGGCGGAGCCUCAUCCUCUGUGGGAGUAUCCAUGUCGAGCUCUCACACAGUCUACGGCCGUAAUGACUUUUGACUUUACUCAGUGUAUCCCCAAACUGCCUAUCAGCUGCCAAGGAUCUUUACCGUUCAUAAGGGGCGGACGUUGCCAUGGCGUCGCUCUGUGGUUAGAAUACCAGCUGACCCAGGAUGUGUCUGUUAGCACAGGUCUAAUGUGUCCCAUCAAUGAGCAGGGCGACUGCGAGUGGAGCCGCCACAGAAAACAAGGAGUGUAUUUCUUCAGGUCGGGAUGGGAAACCGCUGGUGACGACGGUGCCGCCGUGUCUUACAAGUUCACCUUUCAGCCCACGUCAGGGGACGUCAACAUGGACUUCAGCAUGGAGCAGACAGUAAAUUGAAAUCAGUGACAUGUGCUGAACUUCUAAAUCCAUUUAAUGUGCCUGAUUAUUACAUUAUUAAUCUUUAUAUAAGUCUUAAAAGAAAGCAGCGACAAAAACCUGCCAGCUCAUGUACAAUCCAACCCUUUAAUGCUGAGCCAGACUAUGGCACCUCUCUGUAGUUUUCUCCGCAUUUGAUUGGGAUUAUCAGUAAUUUGAUAUCACACUUACAAUAAUCACAUUGUAAUUAGACGUGGGGGAAAUAAUCGAUUUUUAGAUGCAUCGCAAUUCGGACAUGGACGAUUACAAAAUAGAUUAGUAAACUUCAAUAAUCAAUUUAUUUAUUGUAAAUAAAGUAAUGCAGACAGUUGUAUAAUUUGGCUGUCUGCAGCUAGCCACCUCACAGGGAGAUCUAACCAGCUCUUUUAUUAUAGGGCACACAUUUCCAUGAAUUUAAUAAAUGUGAUGGGAAUUUGGGUAACACUUUAGUAUGGGGAACAUAUUUUAAUUAACAAAGACUUAAUUUAGAGUUAUUUGGUUAGGGUUAGGAUUAGGGUUAGAGGGUUAGGCUUAGUAAUGGUGAAUAUGUUCCCCAUACUAAAUUGUUACCGGCUUACUGGUUGUAUAAUAAGGCCAUGCAAAAUAAGGCAGUAAUAAGUACUUAAUAAUGACUAAUUAAGAGCCAAUAUGUUACUAAUUUGCAUGUUAAUAAGCAACUAAUUAAUGGUGAAUAUGUUCCCCAUACUUAAAGGCCUACUGAAAAGAUUUUUUUUUAUUUAAACGGGAUUAGCAGAUCCAUUCUAUGUGUCAUACUUGAUCAUUUCGCGAUAUUGCCAUAUUUUUGCUGAAAGGAUUUAGUAGAGAAAAUCGACGAUAAAGUUUGCAACUUUUGCUCACUGAUAAAAAAGCCUUGCCUGUACCGGAAGUAGCGUGACGUCACAGGAGGUAAUAUUCCUCACAAUUUUCCUUUGUUUACAAUGGAGCGAGAGAGAUUCGGAGCGACAAAGCGACGAUUACCCCAUUAAUUUGAGCGAGGAUGAAAGAUUUGUGGAUGAGGAACGUUAGAGUGAAGAACUAGAGGCAGUGCAGAACGUAUCUUUUUUCGCUCUGACCGUAACUUAGGUACAAGCUGGCUCAUUGGAUUCCACACUCUCUCCUUUUUCUAUUGUGGAUCACGGAUUUGUAUUUUAAACCACCUCGGAUACUAUAUCCUCUUGAAAAUGAGAGUCGAGCACGCGAAAUGGACAUUCACAGUGACUUUUAUCUCCACGACAAUACAUCGGUGACACACUUAGCUACUGAGCUAACGUGAUAGCAUCGUUCUCAAAUGCAGAUAGAAACAAAAUACUUAAAUCCCUGACUGGAAGGAUAGACAGAAGAUCAACAAUACUAUUAAACCAUGUACAUGUAACUACACGGUUAAUAAUUCUCAGCCUGGUAAAGCUUAACAAUGCUGUUGCUAACGACGCUAAGGCUAACUUAGCAACUUAGCAACCGGACCUCACAGAGCUAUGAUAAAAACAUUAGCGCUCCACCUACGCCAGCCGGCCCUCAUUUGCUCCUCAACAGCCGUGCUCACCUGCGUUCCAGCAAUCGACGGCGCGACAAAGGACUUCAUCCGUGGGUUUGGCGGCUAGCAUCGGCUAGGCGUCUGAUAUCCAAGUAAGUACCGGUAGUCCUUGUUGUGUUGCUACAGCCAGCCGCUAAUACCCCGAUCCCACUUACAACGAUCUUCUUUGCAGCCUCCAUUGUUCAUUAAACAAAUUGCAAAAGAUUCACCAACACAGAUGUCCAGAAUACUGUGGAAUUAUGAAAUGAAAACAGAACUUUUUCUACGGGCUGCGAAUACUUCCCUUGUCCUCGUGACGUCACACGCAUACGUCAGCAUAAUAACACGUUUUUAACCGGAAGUGUGGCGGGAAAUUUAAAAUUGCACUUUAUAAGUUAACCAGGCCGUAUUGGCAUGUGUUGCAAUGUUAAGAUUUCAUCAUUGAUAUAUAAACUAUCAAACUGCGUGGUCGGUAGUAGUGGGUUUCAGUAGGCCUUUAAGUGUUACCGGAAUUUCUUAUUACAAUUGCACUGUUUUUAAAAGUUGCAAGUGAUAAACACUUAUUUAGUGAAAUGAAAAGAAUAAUAAAACUGCAUCAAUAUACAUACAUUAUGCCUCAAUACUCGAUUUGUAAUCAAAUUGUAGCUCUUACAAUCGAAUCGAAUCGUGACAUGGCCAAAGAUUCCCACCUCUAAUUGUAUUAUUUAAUACUUAAUACACACGAUACAAAGUCAUGGUGUGUGAUAUGUAUUAAAUAAUACAAAAAAUGAAUUGUGUUAUUUAAUAAAUAUUACACACAAAGUCAUGGUAUGUAAGAACUAAUUCUGCAAGAACAUGUCAGCGAUGCGAACAAACUGUUAUUCAAACCAACUCAACAGAGUGCUGCUGCUAAUGUCGACUUGUAUAUUUUGAGGCUGUUUAUUUCAUUUAUUUUUUUUUUUUACAUCAGAGCAGAAAAAAAAUAGGUUGAUAUUGAAUCAAUUGCCUUUUUUAUGCUGUUUUGCCAGACCUGUGUCACAUGACUUCAAACUUGACACCUCAUUGGCUGGUUCUGAGACAUGAUCAACUGUGUCAGUCUUAAUUUACCGGAAUUAAGUUUUGCUUUUUGAGGCAGCACAUUUUUCAACACUGAAUUUUUCAGCUCUGAAUUUUAAAACACUGACUUUUUAUUUCAAUGAUAUUGUCAGCACAAUUUGAUGUAAACAGUUCACAAAAUUCAAAUGCAAACAAUUGAGUUAUAUAAAUUCAGUGUCAAAAGUCGAUGUUGAUGAUCUAGAAGGGAAUUCAUUAAGUCAGAUUAUGUUUUGCAUAUGGUGAAUGUUUAUAUUCAUCUUGGAGAAAGCAAACCACCAGUUUAACUAGUAGGUAUUUAACUUUAAGCACAUAAUGCCAUAGGGCCCUUUAGUAUUGACAUUUGCAUGUGGAUUGGAUUAGUUCUCGCGGAAGAAAAGGCAAUAAAAUUGGACCUUGGUUUGCAAAGUGAUGCCCCUAUCCGUGAGAAGAGACUACAUGUUUAGCUUAACGCCAACGUUUAAGAUACGACCUGCAUCUGUUGUCUUUUCAGACACUUACACACGAACAUCUCCUUUUAUAGUCAGGAUGUGCUGUCCGGACUUAGCACACACACACAAAGACAGGAAGUAGGAAUAUAAAACUGAUGAUUUGGAGUUAGGAGUGCCUCAUUUGUUUUACUUGACCUCCUCCAGGAACUGCAGUCCUGUAUAAUGACGCUCGCUUGUAAUAAAGCAACUUUUAGUUCAGUAAAGCGUCUCCGACGUCUCUUUUGAUCCAGUCACACUGCCGUGUCACCUUUCUGUUCGGACGAGGAUGACAAGACCAGAAAUACACAUCAGUCUAAAACCUUUCUUAUUUAAAAGUCAUAUUUUGAUAUUGAAACAUCUCAUCUCUGCAUAAAUUACUAGACUACCCUUAUGAGAUGCACAGAUGGGUUGUGUCAAUAUCAAAAUAUUACUUUGAAUCACUUUUUAGCACCCAAGAAUAAAUUGAUUUAAUGAAUACAUCCAAACACUUUAUUUAUAUUUAUUAUGUGCAUUAACGAAGAACACUUGAUAUUUUAUGUAGCUUUUAAACAAGAAAGAGGUUUUAGCGCAUCAACAUUGGCUCGUUAACAGUCCUUUACAAUCCCAUUAAUACCAUAGAAAUGGACAACUCUUUCAUUUUUCCGAUACAAUAAAGGCUAUAAUAAUUUCAACCACAUCGUUAAAAUUACAAUGAAUAUAAGUGUUUGUCCUACACGUAGUAAUCAGUUGUGGACAGACAAAGUCCCAGCAGUGCAGCUUUAGCAAGCAUGUGCGUCCACACGGCAGGAAUCCAUUUUUGGCAGGGGCCCCCCUGAAAAAAAUGUAAAUGUUAAAUGUUUUUCUGCAGCCGGGUCUGGCUUCACCUGUGAUGACAGCACUACUGCUGUGGCCGUGCAGUGCGCACUGUAACUGUAUGCAAAGCGCAGGUAGAGGCAAAAUGUCCCAAAAAAGGACAUAUCCUACAGGGGCAGAAAAAAGACUG